AUGGACGAGCUUUUCGACGUCUUCGAUGCUCAGCCUGACGCGGCACCCGAGUCGCCCAGCGAGCCCGAGCCGUCUCAGCCUCAACCGCAGAAGUCGCGUAAGAAGGACAAGAAGAGCAAGAAGCGCAAGGCCGACGAAAUCAAGAAUGGCGUCACCUCCAAGCAGGAGGAGGAUGCUGAGAUGCCCGACGCCGACGAGACCUCGGACAACGAGGACGCUGCCGGCACUUCCGACGACCAGCACGAGAGUCACAAGCGCAGAAAGAAGGAGGACGAAGCCCAGCCCGUCUUGACCGAUACCUUCCAGACCGCCGAGUCCAGAGAGGUUGCCGGCGCUGCCACCUUCGCCAAGGCCGAGGACGAAUCGCUCGUUCUUUCUCACAACAUCCAGCACCAAGUCGCGCUGCCUCCCGACCUGGACUACGAAUAUGUCCCGCUCUCUGAGCACAAGCCCCCCGCCGAGCCUGCGCGCAAGUACAACUUCAAGCUCGAUCCCUUCCAGAGCUUGUCGGUCGCCUCGAUCGAGAGAGAGGAGAGUGUGUUGGUCUCUGCCCACACGUCUGCCGGAAAGACUGUUGUUGCCGAAUACGCGAUCGCCCAAUGCUUGAAGCGCAACCAGCGCGUCAUCUACACAAGUCCUAUCAAGGCCCUUAGCAACCAAAAGUACCGAGACUUCGAAGCCCUUUUUGGCGAUGUCGGCCUUAUGACCGGUGAUGUCACAAUCAACCCUACCGCCAGUUGCUUGGUCAUGACCACGGAGAUUCUGCGAUCCAUGUUGUACCGCGGUUCUGAGAUCAUGCGUGAAGUCGCAUGGGUUGUUUUCGACGAGAUUCACUACAUGAGAGAUAAGACUCGAGGUGUUGUCUGGGAGGAGACGAUCAUCCUGCUUCCCGAUAAGGUUCGCUAUGUGUUUCUGUCCGCCACCAUCCCGAACGCUUUCCAGUUCGCCGAAUGGAUUGCCAAGAUCCACCACCAGGCGUGUCACGUUGUCUACACCGAUUUCCGACCUACUCCUCUCCAGAACUACUUCUUCCCUGCUGGCGGCAACGGCAUUUUCCUUGUGGUUGACGAGAAGGGUGUCUUCAGGGAAGGGAACUUCCAGAAGACCAUGGCCCUCAUUGAGCAGGGCAAGGGACAGGAUCCUGCUAACGCCAAUGCCAACUGGAAGGGCAAGGGCGCCAAGAAGAACACGUCCAAGGGUGGCCAGGCCGCGGACAUGAAGUCAGACAUCUCUAAGAUUGUCAGAAUGAUCAUGCAGAAGAGCUUCCACCCCGUCAUCAUCUUCAAUUUCAGCAAGAAGGAGGUCGAGAACCUGGCUCUGAACAUCUCCCACUUCCAAUUCAACAACGACUCCGAGCAGGCCAUGGUGAAGACAGUCUUCAACAACGCUAUCCAGAGCUUGUCUGAAACCGACCGCGAGCUCCCCCAGAUCCAGAACCUACUCCCUCUUCUGCAGAAGGGUAUCGGUGUGCAUCACUCUGGCCUUCUUCCCAUUCUGAAGGAGACGAUUGAGAUUCUGUUCCAAGAGUCCUUGAUCAAGGUUCUGGUCGCAACUGAGACCUUCUCUAUCGGUCUGAACAUGCCUGCCAAGACCGUCGUCUUCACUCAAGUCACCAAGUGGGACGGUGUCCAGCGCAGACCUUUGACUCCCUCCGAGUACAUCCAGAUGUCUGGUCGUGCCGGUCGUAGAGGUUUGGAUUCCCGUGGUAUUGUCAUCAUGAUGAUUGACGACAAGAUGGAGCCCGACACUGCUCGCGCCAUUGUGGUUGGUGAGCAGGACCGUCUUAACUCUGCUUUCUACCUCGGUUACAACAUGAUUCUCAACCUCCUCAGAAUUGAGGCCAUCUCGCCCGAAUUCAUGCUCGAGCGCUGCUUCCACCAGUUCCAGACUGGUGCCAGCGUCCCGACUCUGGAGCGCGACCUGAUGGCGCUCCAGCAAGAGAGGGACAGCAUGUCCAUCGCGGACGAGGCUACCGUCAAGGACUACUACAACCUGCGGAACCAGCUGGAGCAGUACACCAGCGAUAUGCGAUCUGUCAUUCAGCAUCCGGACCACUGCAUAGAUUUCAUGCAACCUGGUCGUCUGGUCAGAAUCCACGAUCCGAAGAAGACUAAUAACACUCUUGGCGGUGCGGACUUCGGCUGGGGUGUCGUUCAAGAUAUUGUGAAGAGACGUUCGCCUGGGAACGGGGAGCCCGACUAUCCCCCUCAAGAAUCCUACUUCAUCGACGUCAUGUUGGUUGUCGACGAGAAGAGCGCACGAGUCGAUGGCGGUCGUCCAACAACGGAUAUGCCCUUGGGACAGGUCCCUUACGAUCGACCAGAGGAGCCUGGUAACGACGCACGCUUCGAAAUCGUCCCCUGCCUCCUGACCUGCGUCAAGGCCAUCAGCCAAAUCAGAGUCUUCAUGCCCAAGGAUAGCAAGUCGCAAGCCGCACGGGAGGAAGUCGGUCGAUCCCUAAGAGAGGUUCACAGGCGAUUCCCUGACGGAGUGCCCAUUCUCGACCCCAUCGAGAACAUGGACAUCAAGGACGAGUCUUUCAGAUCCCUCAUGCGCAAGAUCGAGAUGUUGGAGGCUCGUCUGCUCACCAACCCGCUGCACGGAUCGCCUCUCCUCCCCGAGCUGUACUUGCAAUACCGCGCCAAGGAGAAGCUGGGAGAGCAGAUCAAGGCCAAAAAGAAGGAGAUCGCUAGACUGCACAGCAUUGCGCAAAUGGACGAGCUCAAGGCUCGGAAGCGUGUGUUGCGCCGUCUUGGCUUCCUCAACGAGAACGAGGUCGUCGAGCUCAAGGCCCGUGUUGCCUGCGAGAUUUCCUCGACCGAAGGUCACGAGCUUGUCCUUGCUGAACUCCUGUUCGACCGCUUCUUCAACGAGCUGUCUCCAGAGAUGAUCGCAUCCGUCCUCAGCUGCUUCGUCCUCGACGAGAAGCUGGAGACCGCCGCUCUCCGCGAAGAGCUGGCCAAGCCCUUCCGCGAGGUUCAAGCUAAGGCGAAGCAGGUUGCUAUGGUCAGCCGAGAGAGUAAGCUCGAUCUCAACGAGGAGGAGUACCUGGCUGGUUUCAAGUGGCAGUUGAUGGAGACCGUCUACUCAUGGGCCCAGGGCAAGCCGUUUGCAGAGAUUUGCAAAAUGACCAACGCCUACGAAGGCUCUCUGAUCCGUCUCUUCCGCCGCCUGGAAGAACUCAUUCGCCAGAUGGGCCAGAGUGCCAAGGUCAUGGGCAGUGAUGAGCUUACGCAAAAGUUCGAGGACAGUCUGGCCAAGAUCCGCCGCGACAUCGUCGCUGCCCAGAGUCUGUACCUCUAA